GAGCUUUCAAGUGUGAUCGGCAAACUCCGAAAUGUUGUCUUGCCGCCUACUUCCACGAACGGCGCCAUGCUUCCGCAGGUCCCCCACACCGAUUUGUCCCAUUUCAUGGAACCGAUACUUCUCAAGCCAAACGCCUCGGCUUGGCCUGAAAUUCAAAAGUAGAGCCGAAGUACACAAGGAGCGAAACAGAAAUCUGCUCAUGUAUAGCAGCGCGGUUAUAAUUGCGACUCUGGGUGUGACAUACGCAGCUGUUCCUCUCUACCGAAUGUUCUGUGCCGCGACAGGCUUCGCGGGGACGCCCAACGUCGGUACUGGGCGUUUCGAGGCUGAACGGCUGGUCCCCGUUGAAAACGUCGGCCGGAUCAAGGUCCACUUCAACGCAGACCGCGCGGAGGCACUUCCUUGGACAUUCACUCCGCAGCAACGAUUCGUGAACGUGUUGCCUGGCGAGACGAGUCUGGCCUUCUAUACUGCCAAAAACACGUCGGACAAGGACAUCAUUGGCAUUGCCACAUAUAAUGUCACGCCAGACAGGGUCGCGCCGUAUUUCUCGAAAGUAGAGUGCUUUUGUUUCGAGGAACAGAAAUUGCUUGCUGGUGAAGAGGUGGACAUGCCACUUCUCUUCUUCAUAGACAAAGACAUUCUUGAAGACCCCUCCUGCCGCAACGUGGAUAAUGUCGUGCUGUCGUACACUUUCUUCCGAGCCAGACGGAAUCAACAAGGCCACCUGGAGCCGGAUGCCACCGAGGACCAAGUCCAGAAGUCGCUGGGGUUCGAAGACUACGAGCAUGCCUCCAAGGCUCACAUGCAGAAAACGGGAGAUAGCCCGAAACUAUAGAGGAAUCGUCUCUCGACCAGAGCAUGAAUGUAAGCAAAUGCCGGUAGAAUACUUGCCAUGAAAUAAGCAAUCACCCUUCUUGUCCUCUCAAA